AUGCCAGCACUGCGCAUUCACUGGUGGGAUGCGCCGGGGCGUGCUGGCGAGCCUACAAGGCUCGCACUCACCCUGAAGGGCGUACCUUUCGAAGAUGUGCGGUACAGCUUCGGCGACAAGGAGAGCAUAGAGGCCGUGCGAGCAAAAUCGCCUUUUCAGCAGUUUCCCAUCCUGGAGGUGGAUGGGGAGGUGGUGGUGCAGUCGAACACCAUCCUGAGAUACGUCGGUCGCCUCACCGGCUUGCUGCCGGAGUCCCCUCUGGCUAAUGCAAAGCUGGAGGCCAUCAUGGACUUCAUGGCCAUGGAUGUGGAGCCUUUGGCUUUGUGUAGCCAUCUCCAGGGCGAGGAAAAGACGGCCGCUCGGGUAGCCGCCGCCGCUGAAGGUAGUGCUUUUCGAAAGCGUCUCUCCCAGCUGGACGCUGCCAUCGCCCCGCUCGUCAGCCAGGAGCUUGACAUGGCACAGCUGAAGGUCUUUUGUGAGACCAGCGCCUUUAUCUCGGGAUUCUAUGAUGGCUUCCCUGCAGAUGAGUCGCUCUUCGCGGGAUGCGACAACAUCAAGGUUGGGGUUCUUGUCGUCUUAGUUGUGUGGGUGCGACUCUUGGAUCGUAUGGGAGGGAGCGGAGGAGCAGAGGGAGGGGAUGAGGUGGAAGGGCGCUACUCCCUUGAUGAGAUGGCAGGCACAUACAAGUUCGACAAGGCCACCUGCAUGCUGAGUGCGAAAGAUGAUGAAUCGGCCGAGUGCAUCAACAUCGGCCCAUUUUUCUUUGCACCCAUCCAGACCACUCCCCUUCCCGAGCCCGAGAGCUUCGACAAGCUCCGCCUGCUGUGCGAAAGAGCCCGGGGCGAGAUGGAGGGCGAGUUCAUUUGCAACUCGGAGAUCAUGGCAGAGAUCCAGAGGGAAACGAACGACGGGGCCCUGUUCGUGCUGCCUUCUCAACUGAAUGGCGCCGAGUACCCGUCACACAAUAGCGUGACUCCGCAGCAGCCAGGCCAUGGUAGGUGGUAG